AUGGCAUCCAAAGAACCAACACGCCGCCCACGCUUCUCCAUCUCCACGCAACGGACAAUAACAACCCAACCGGCACCAUUCCCCCGACCACCACCACCCCUGGCGCCAACAAGCAGACCCGCCAAGGGCGUGAACGCCAACCCCGCGCCCAACUACACCGAGUCCAUGAACCGCGUGCAAGCGCAAUACGAAGCGACGCGGAAAGCCAUGCGCGCGCUGCGCAGCCAGUCCUCCCCAGCGCAACCAUCACAACCAUCACAACCAAGCUCCAAACCCAGCUCCAGCAAAGCCUUCUCCUCGCUCACCACUACCACCACCAACCCGACCUCUACCACUACCUCCCGCAACAACCCCCGCACACCAGCCCGCGCGACCCAAGAAGAAGCCGAAUUCGAAGCCGAACUCGCGCUAGGCCUAGACGCCAACGCGGGACUCGGGUUCCGAACCGCCAGCUCUAAAACCGAUCCCGGCUCCGGCGGCGGUCAGGACGCGCAGACGCAGGCUUUGCGCCGACAGCUGCUCGGGAAGCGGAACGGGAAGGGGGCGGGUGCAGGGGUAGGGGACAACAAGAAGAGGUGGGCGCGCAGGGAGGAGCAGGAGAGCAGCGACGACGAGCCGGGGCGGAGCGGGCUGGGGAGGGCGAAGAAGCGGUCGCGGCGGGAACUCCCACAGGGAGCGGAAGGGGAGGGGGAGGAGGAGGAGGAGGAGGUGAAGAAGGCUGAUGAUGUGAAGGCAGCAGAGGUGGGAGCGGGAAAAGAGAGAAAAAGAGAGGAUGUCGAGGUACCGGAUGCUCCUCCUGCGGCUUCUACUGCUUCUGCUGUGGGCGCGGCGGCGCCUGGGGAAGUGGGCAUGAUAAGAGAAGGGCCUGUAUCAGAUCAGAAGGAGGAAGCUGGGGGAGGCGACGACAAAGAUGCUGCUGCCAUCGACGGUGGAGACGCAGAUGGGAGCGCUGAGAACGCAGAAGAUACGGCAAAAGCGAAGAAGAAGCGGAAGAACAAGAAGAAGACACCGAAGCCAUAG